AUGGCCUCCAUGCCCACCAAUGGUAGCAACAAGCCAAACCCAAAUCCCGCACGCCAGGCCCAACAAAACCAGCACAGAGCUCCCCGCAACAACACCAACCAUGGCGACACCCGCGCCACCCAGGCAGCCACCGCCAAGCGCGGCGGCGCACAGAGCAUGAACCACCUCCUCUCCUUCACCCUGCCCCCGCGCGCUCGCCCUCCCGCCCCCGUCUCGCGCCGCUCAAGGCGCGCCGGCGCAGGCGUCCCCUUCAACAAGGAGCGCUACAUCAACGCCCAGUACCGCUUCCUCGUCAAGCCCACCGGCGACUACACCGCCUACUUUGCCGACUCGGACAUCUACCUACACUGGCCCGACAUCCUCCAGGUCCUCAUCCCCACCACGUCGGCCCUCUCGGGCGCGAGCGCAGCCGCCCUGCCCCAGCAAGACCAGCCCUUACCGGGCACCCACGAGGGCGCUGCCUGCCCCAUCUGCCUAUCGCCCCCGACCGCGCCCCGCAUGACAAAGUGCGGACACGUCUUCUGCUACCCCUGCAUCCUCCAUUAUCUCACCCUCGCCGACGGCAACGCCGCUGGUGGUUCGACGGGCGGCAACGCUCCGAGCCACAAGUGGCGCCGCUGCCCCAUCUGCUGGGACGCCGUCUACGCGCGCGACCUCAAGGCCGUCAAGUGGUGGGAUCCCCGCGCAGUGGCGCAGCAGCAUCAGGCAGAGGUGCACGAGGAGCAACAGCGGCUAGAGGCGCUGCGCUCGAGUCGGCAGCCGCAGGAUUCGGCCACGAGCGGCGGCGGUGCCGUCGGUGAUGCUGCCGUAGCCUCGACGUCCGCUGCAGCACACGCGGCGACCGGUUCGCGGCAAGAGGUGCUCGCCCUCAGGCUCAUCGAACGGCCGCACCUAACCACACUCGCCCUGCCUCAGUCGUCGACCUGGCCCACGUCCAACCUCGACCACCCGCUCAUCCCGCUCCACUCGGCACCGUGGCACUUCCAGCCGGACGUCAUGGGCUUUGCCAAGUUUAUGCUCGCCUCGCCCGACCUGCUCAUCGAGUCGCUGACUGGCGACCUGGUCCACCUCGAAAACGAGCUCGAGACGCUCAAGGGCUUUGGCGCCGACGAGGUCAGCCUCGAAUUUGUCCGCCUCGCAGAGAGGAAAGUCAAGGAGCAGAUCGUCAAGGUGCAGACCGAGCUCGACACAGCGUUCGUCCGCAGCACAAUUGGCCAGAUUAAAAACGAUCUCAAGGACCACGAGGCCGUCGAGUCGGGCAGGAUCUCGAAGCUCGACGAACAGCUCAGCCGCAGGCAGAGAAAGAAGCUCGAACGCAGCCACACGGCCGACGACGGCCCCUCCGCCGAGGCUGAGGGCGCUGCGGGCGCAGGAAACGCCGUCGCCGUCGAACCGGCCGCGUCUGGCUCCCAGGCCAACACGUCUGGCUCCCAGGCCAACACGUCUGGCUCCCAGGCCAACACCGACGACAACGAUCGCGGGGACGGCGCGCCCGAGACAGCCGAAGGCGCCGAGGAGUUCCUGGCGAUCAGAUCGCAGGCGUACGGCGGCAGCUACCAGAAUGCCUCUCCCGCGCCUGCGCCCAACGCCGCCAACACGGCCGCAGUCUCCGCCGAGUCAGACGGUCAGUCGUCGACAAAGGGCGACCAGCGCACCUCGGCCCGGCCGCACCACCACCAGCGCAAGAAUGUCAACCCGCCGGCGCCGAGCUCGUCGAGCUACCUCUUCUUCCAGGCAGCAUCUGGCCAAAACAUCUUUCUGCAUCCGCUCGACAUCAAGAUUGUGCUGUCGCACUUUGGCUCCUACGCUGCUCUGCCGCGAGACCUGUCGGUCAAGGUGCAGGGCGCCGACGAGGGGAGCAUGAACGACGAGCUGCGGCGCCGCUGCCGCUACCUGAGCCACAUCCCCAUGGCGACCGACGUCGUUUUUGUCGAGAUCGACUGGGAGAACAUGGACCUGGUGAGCAAGGCCACGCUGCGGCCGUAUGAGCAGGCGCUGCGGCAGAGGAGGACCAAGCGCCGGGACAAGCAGCGCCGCGAGGACCGUGCCAAGACCAAGGCCGAGGAGGCCGAGUCCGGCUCGCGGUUCGGCGGCGGCUCGUCGAGCGGCGGCGCCGGCGGCGCUUCGGCCCAGAGGCAUCGGAUCGAUGCGGCCGGCUUUGGUAGCGAGGCCAACUUCCCCUCGGACGGCCUGUCGAGGAGCUACGGCAGCAGCAGCUUUGCGAGCGGGCACGAAGACGGAGUCAGCGCUGCCGGGCUGUCAACGAGCCCGCACGUGGGCACCUCGCCAUCGUUCCGCGAGGCGGCUCUGUGGGGCGCCGAGCGCGACUUUCCGAUUCACCCGGGAGCGUCGCAGAUCGAGGACUUUCCGGACUCGCUGGGCGCGAGCGCACGGCCACCGCGGUCGGAUCGUUCGCCGCACUCGGGCGCCACGGCGGGUGCCAGUGCUAUCAGCGGCGGCGGCGGGGGCGGCGCCAAAAAGACGGUGUGGGGCACGCCGGCGGCGCGCAAUGCGUUUGACCGUGCGCUGCGCGGUGGUCACGACGAGUCGGGGCUAUGGGACGACGACAUCGAGGACGCGUGGCACGAGCUCGAGGAGGACUUUAUACUGGGCUCGACGUCGUCGGGGCGGAGGCCCAACGGUGCGGUCAAGGAGGGUAGGGGUCUGAACCGGCAGGCGGCCUCGUCGAAGAAGGCUUCGGUCGCGGGGCCGGGCACGGUGAGCGGCAGUUCGACGCCGAGGGGCGUGUGGGCAGGCGGUAGACCGGGGACGGGCAACGGUGAUGCAGCGCCGAGCGAUACGGCAUCCGGUGCGCAGACGCCGGCGAGCGCGGGUGGCGGGUCGUCGUCGACGUCGUCGAGGAAGAAGAACAACAAGAAGAAGCUGGUGCUGACGAGCGGCGGCGGGCGGGCUUACCCUGCCAGCAUGGGCAUCCCGGGCCUCUGGGCAGAGCUCGAGCCCGCCGCCGUCGACGUGCCCCUCCCGAAGCUGGCCUACGACGCUCUCCAGGCCAACCGCAACCACCUCCGCUCCCUCCGCAUCGGCAUCGAUGCCUCCCUCUGGCUCUUCCACAGCCAGCAGAGUACCGGCGGCUCCAACCCUUUCCUCCGCAUCCUCUUUUUCCGCCUCGCACGCCUCCUCUCCCUCCCCGUCCUGCCCCUCUUUGUCUUUGAUGGACCCAACCGACCCGCCUGGAAGCGCGGCAAACACGUCGCGGGGCGGCAGAGGGCCAUCGAGCGCGACUUCAUCACCGUCAUCCAUGCCUUUGGCUUCCAGCACCGCGUCGCCCCCGGCGAGGCAGAGGCCGAACUCGCCUGGCUCAACGAGCAGGACCUCGUCGAUGCCGUCAUGACCGACGACGUAGACGCCCUCGUCUUUGGCGCAAAGACCGUGAUACGCAACUGGGGAAAGAAGCUGUCCGGAACCAUUGCCAGGGCCAAGCGCGCGCAGCAGCUGCAGGAGAGCACCGCAGACCGCUCUUUGUCGUCGGACGACGGAGACAACCCCUUUGCGACCGCAGGCCAGCCAGUCGGCUCGUCGCAGGCAGCGGCGGUCAGCAGCGACACGCUCAAGGUCACGGGCUCGCUCAAGGACCACGUCGUGACUGUGUACAAGGACUGGGACAUCCACAACAUGCCCGAGCUCUCCGUCAGCCGCGACGGCCUCAUCCUCGUCGCGCUGCUGGCGGGCGGCGACUACGACGGGCAGGGCCUGCUGCGGUGCGGCGUCAAGAUCGCCCUCGCCCUCGCCCAGGCCGGCUUCGGAGACCGGCUGGUCGCCGCAUUCCGGCGCAGCUACCGCUCCCUCGACGUGUCGGCCCGGUGCGAGCGCUUCGAGGCGUUUCUGGCCGAGUGGUGCCGCGAGGUGCGCGACGAGCUCCGCACCGACUCGCGCGGCUUUCUCGGCAGGAGGCAGCCCCGGCUCGCCGCUGGCCUGACCGAUUUCGCGAGCACCGAGACGCUGCGCCGUGUGCUGGCCUACUAUGUCUGGCCGCUCACGACUGGGUCCACUCCGUCUCGCCAAGCUUCGUCCUCGUCGUCGUCGUCGUCGUCCUCGUCGUCGUCGUCGUCGAGACCGGCCGCAGUGGGUGCGGGUGCAGGUCCGGCUGCCGACGGCGCCGAUGAGCUGCCGGUGCUGCGGUGGCAGGCGCCCAACGUCGAGAGCCUGGUCCGGUGCGCCCAGCGCUUCUUUGAGUGGAGCCCAGCCACGGUGCUGGCCCGAUUCCGCUCGACGAUCUGGAGCGGCCUCGUGUUUCGCCAGCUGAGGCAGGAGGUGCUCGAGCGUGACGGCGACGACAAGCAUGGCCCGUGGGCCGAGCUGGUAGAGAGUCCCGCCAGCAAGGCGGUCCGCCAGGCGGUCCGGGAGAGCGGCGGCGGUGGCGCUGGCAGCGGCGGCAAGGCGAAAACAGCGAUGGCCACCGCCACAGCCACGGCCACGGCGACGACAGCGGCAAGUCGGGUUCUGGGUCCCGUCAGCCCCGCUCCAAAGAGGAGCAAGCCGCUGCACGAGAGCCCGCAGGCGACGCGCAUCACCGACUUUUUCGCAAAGGCGAGCCUGUCGUCGCCAUCGUCGUCGGGCAGGAUCGCCAGGGGUGCGUGCAGCGAUGGCCCAUCACCGCCGACGAGACUGUCGAGCCGGGACGACUCGAGCGCCGACGCUGCUCCACCGCCACGGCAGCCCGGCGACAUCGACAUCGUCUCGAUCAGCCGACGACGUCGCAACGUCGCGCUCGGCGAGCACGUCGAAUGCCGCGCGCUCGUCGACGUGUCGCCCAUGGUCGAGCUGGCGGAAAAGUGGAUCGACGAGUCGGUCGGGCGCGAACGCGGCGCUGUGCCAGCUAGCGACGAGCAGGGCGUCGAGCGAGGCAGCGAGGCAGAGGGCGAUGAGAGAGACCACGACGGCGAGACGGGCCCGACCAGGAAGCCGGUGGAUCCUCGCGAGCCGCUCCUGCUCUGGAUCGUCGAGAGCCUGUUGGAACGAGGGCGGAGCGGACAGGCGGCUCUGGCCGAGUUUCGUCGCAAGACGGCGGCGGUGGAGCGGGAAAAGGCGGCAAAGGCGCGGUCGAAGGCGCGCUCGAAGGCCGGUGCCGAUACGAUGGCCGAGCCGGGGCGGGUAUCGCGACGUGGUCAGCCGCCGUCGUCGCAGCCGCAGGUGCCGGGGCAGGGGCAGGGGCAGCAGCGGACGAUCCGAGAGUUUAUGAAGGCCAACAAGGGCAAGGCCACGUUGCAGCAGCGGCGAGGGGAAGACGCGACGUCGUCGUUGCCCUCGAGGGCGAUCAAGACGACGACGAUGUAG